AUGAGCCAACCGCAAACCAUUGCGCAACCAGUGCCACCAGCGCAGGCGGCACAGCAGCAGCCGCCGAAGCCCCGAAAUCGAACAUGGGAUGAGAAUUAUGCUCAGCUUUUGGUGUACAAGGCGCAGCAUGGGCACUGCGACGUGCCGUUGAAUCACAAGAACGACCGAGUAUUGGGCAAGUGGGUGGCCCAUUUGCGAGAGAACUGCAACCAGAGCAGUCUCUCAACUGAGAGGCGUGAAGCCUUGAAUGCCAUUGGCUUCAAUUGGAAUCCUCAUGAACAAAAGUGGAUGGAAAUGUUCCAGCGGCUUCAGGGCUUUAAAAAGUCAGAGGGUCACUGCAAGGUGCCAACGAAUUGGAAACCAGACAAAAAGUUGGGCAAAUGGGUGAUGCGCCAACGAGAAAAGCGAAAGAAUGGGAUUCUACCAGAUGCUCGACGAGAAGCCCUCGAGUCGAUUGGGUUUGUCUGGAAAGUGCACAAGGUGGAGCAGAACAAGGAGACACGAAAAACGCAACACGUUGAUGAAAAGUGGCAAGAACGCUAUCAAUCCUUGGUCAAGUUCGAAAAAGAGAAUGGCCACUGCAAUGUACCAAAGGUCUAUGACAAAGACCCACAGCUGGGAAAAUGGGUCCAGGAACAGCGAGUCAUGUACCAACGCAAUUUGCUCAAAGCGGAGCGAAAGAAACUUCUCGAGGACAUUGGAUUCAUCUUUAGUUAUCGAGCACAGAAAAUCCAACAGGAUUGGAACCAAAUAGUAUGA